AUGGCCAGGACCUGGAGAGCGUGCGUGCAGCUGGAGAGCGUGCAGCUGGAGAGCGUGCAGCUGGAGAGCGUGCAGCUGGAGAGCGUGCAGCUGGAGAGCGUGCAGCUGGAGAGCGUGCAGCUGGAGAGCGUGCAGCUGGAGAGCGUGCAGCUGGAGGGCGUGCAGCUGGAGAGCGUGCAGCUGGAGAGUGUGCAGCUGGAGAGUGUGCAGCUGGAGAGGGUGCAGCUGGAGAGCGUGCAGCUGGAGAGCGUGCAGCUGGAGAGCGUGCAGCUGGAGAGCGUGCAGCUGGAGAGCGUGCAGCUGGAGAGCGUGCAGCUGGAGAGCGUGCUAUAUCAAACGACUAUUAAAGAGGGUAUAUCGAAGCAGGUAAUGUUGAAGAGGGAGCUUUUUUAG